AUGGAGGAUCAAGCCCCUGAGAACGGUGAGCGGGGACAUCAAAUUCUCGACCCUUUGCUCCCCACAAACUGUUCAUUGGUGAAGAAACCCUCUUUGCCUAAAGACCCGUCUUUCUCCCCCAAGUUCAAUUACCACAAGCGCUCUUUGACAACCGAGUCUUUCAGCAGCGCACAAGCUUCGACUGACGGGGAUGACAAUGAUGAUGACGCCGAGUCUUCAGAUAGUUUCAAUACUGCUGAAUUCGAUAACCGGCAGCGCGAUGCUCGAAAGCUGGGUAUGGUGCACUAUUCCGUUCUGGAAGGCACUUAUCUCACCAGCCUAGAGUUGGCAAUGUCCAGGCUACCCCUGAGCGACUACCGCCGGAAAUUCCUGGUGUGCGAUUCGCACACUGAGAAUAAGGAUACUCAAUGCAAAGUCGCUGAGGUUGUCAAAUCACCAUCAGCCCCUGAGGAAAGUCUUUUGGCUACCUCGGCAGGCCUCCCCCAUGAUUACCAGCUUAACUUGCCAUGCCGCCCCAAGGGCAGUAGCGGAAUUACUUUCCACAGUCAAGUCAGCAAGCUUGAGGACCAGGCAGACGUCAGCGUUGAAGUAGCACAUGCGCAAGAAGCGACUGACGCAUCUGCCAUGCUCUAUGCAGGCAGUAUUACCGCUGAGCAACCACAAUCUGAGCUCUUUGCACAGGACAACCACUCUGAGAAUGACAAGGAAGAGGCUGAAAAGCAUACAGAAUCAGCACCUAUCCUGGAAGCAAAGUCGGACUGUAUAGUCCAGAUCAAUGAGUAUUUCGAGAUCCGAAACACCUCUUUGGGUGGCUCUGGUUCGUUCUCGCGGAAAGACCUCAAGCGUGGCGAUGUCAUCCUCCGUGAGCACUUCAUCAUACGAACGAAUAGCUAUACUAUGGAGGCGCAAUUCGAGAGCCUCGAUCUCGUUGGUCGUCGGGCCUACCUCUGCCUUCACCCCCACUGGCCCCUGAAUCAGGAGAACUUGGACGUCAUGAAUGCUAUUUGUCACACAAACGCCUUCAACAUUGGAGGGGGCACUGCAGUUUUUCCCAUAGCGGCUAGGUUCAACCACAAGUGCUCGUCGAUGAGCAACAUCGACUUUGACUACGACCGCCGCGCCGGCCUCAUGGUGUUCACUGUCAAGGCAGAGGAGAUUGCGGCUGGCGAGGAGCUGACACUAUCGUAUGGCGGCAACCCGAGGUCUCUACACGAGCGCUAUGGAUUCUUUUGCCAAUGCGGCGGCUGUGAAGGAUGGAGCCAGGAGCAGGCCGACGAGCUGCAGAAGCUUAACUGGGCCUGCUGGGACGACGAAUGA